UGUUCGGAAGGGAAUGGAGACACGAAUGGGAACGGAGGGGAAGGGGUUGAGGGUUCGGCGGACGCGUCGGACACAUCAUCCUCGUUGAGUACACGACUACUUCGGUGGCGUAUAUUACGGCAGAAAAGGCACGAAAAGUUGCGUAAAUUCAGGACCAACUUCGACAUCGUGGAGAUGCCGGAGCACAUGCAAACUGACGCCAUUGAGUUCGCCAGCGAAGGGCUGGCCAAGUAUGGCGACGACUACGACGAGGCGGCCGACCAUAUGUGCCGUAUGAUCGAGAAGAAGUACCGCGAGGUUUGGUCGUGUAUUAUCGGACAGAACUUUGGCUAUUCCAUAGAGGAGCCUGAGCCAGGCAAGUUCAUGCUCUUCUACAUCGGCAAUGUCAACAGGAUCAGGGUCAUGGCAUUUAUCUCCAAGAAUUAG